GCCAAACGGCUCUGCCACGUCGGCACGGCCUGAACACUCCCGACUCCGUCCUUCCGCUCCUCCCCAUUCCUUUCGCCUCUCCGAUCCCGCCGGCGGGAUGGCUGGCCCGCGCCCCCUCCUCCGCCGGAUCCUCCGUCUCGCCGCCGCCUUCGCCGUCGCCGCAUGCGCCUGCUUUCCCGCCCCGGUCUCCGGUAUCCGGAAGGACAGCUUUAUUGAACCAAUUAUAUGCAGAAGCACUGUUCAGGGACGGCAUCUGAUCUCUGAUGAUAAUGGUUAUGUGUGCUCUGCACUUUCAAUCAAUCCAUGGUCUCACUGCUGCCCAACAACAAGGGAUCGCUUUUCCUGCCAGGGCUGCAAACUUGAUUUACAGUGCUGCAACUCUUAUGAAUAUUGUGUUUCUUGCUGUUUGAAUCCUUCUAAGACCAAGAAAGAAGAUGUGCUGAAGCUGAAGGUAGCUAAGCCAGUUACUGCUGGAACAUACACAAAUGUUUUUGAUUUCUGCAUGGGAAGAUGCCGCCAUAACUCUGCAAGUGUGGUUCAUGAGAAUGCCUACGCCAGUGACUUCCAUCAUUGUUUUGCCAUGCAGCAAAAUUCUUCGGGAUCAACUGAAUCUAGUUCUGUAUCAAAGUUGUUGGGCAUUAACGUCGUAGUAGGAAGGCCAGGGGAAUCUUGCAGCUUGGUUUGCAAAGUAAGAGGACAGUCAUGUGUUCCAAGCAGGCUCUCUGUCUUGAACAAAUGUGAGAUUUUGCAGAAAUAUAUGAGAUGCAAAAGCGGCUGCUUUCGCAGCCUUGGACCAGAUCAGCCUGCUGAAGUUGUUGAUGAAGCUCCGACCAGCUUGAUAUUAUCAUUUCUCUGCUUUGACACUGACAAAGUUGGGUCAGCACCACAAGCAUCUACUUGGUGGCAUCUCAAAUGGCAUUUGGAUGCAAGAUUUAGAGAUUCACAUAUGACAGUGGGUGGAGAUAUAUGAGAGGAUUUGAUGGAUUGAUGAGAAAUUUAUCAGAUUACUUUUGACAAAAAUUAUUGCAUCAACAUCAGUCCCCAAAGCCACCUAAGUUGUGUUCACCUCUUUCUUCAUCGUUUUGUCCGAUACCUUCUGAAAGGAAUAUUACGUAUUAUUAUCAUUGUUGUUUGUUUUCACAAUCAAUGUCUCAUGAUAUCCCUGCUAUGCAAAAUUAGAUGGCUGAUAGUUAACUUUGUCUCCUUUAUUGUAAUUGAAAUAGUACAAAAUUUCAGUGGA